AUGACUCUUCUUCAGUGGAGAGCGGGUGAGAACUACGUGGAUGUGGUGAGCUCGUGCCCAUUCACUAUUCAAGACUGUCGGCCAGUCGGCUCAUGGGGAGCGAGUCCGUCACAGCAAGCAUGGCCACUUCACGCAAAACGCAAAGGAUAUUCAGCGGGGAAAUAUAUGGCAACUCUGUGGGCCUUGGAUACGGGAAGAACGUACCUUGUCGAUGUCGUGGUGGAGAAAGGAGAUGCGGCUGCGGCUGACGCUGAUUCCGUGGGCUGCAAUGGCCACGAAAGCGGCGUGGCCGCAGUAUCGUCUUCUACGGCUCUUUUGACGUUACGUCAAUACAAGGGGCCAUUGGCGUUUUGUUCAGCGUAUGCCAUUUUGGACGUCCGGCUUCUCUACCGGGACGACUUCCUCGAUUGUUUGUUGUCACAGAGCGGCGACUUUAUGUUUGUUGAGCAGUUUGAAAUGCCGAAAUCGACCUUGCUGCAUCUUUUGUUUUACCACUCCCUUUUUGCGCUUCCGAGUGAGGUGGAUGAAAGACCCAUAUACCUGCUACCAAACGGCGCCACAGGGCGCUUCUGCUUGGAUUUGAAGCAGGAAAACAUUCCUUGGCGAAACAGUAGAAAGGUGCGGCGACUCGUGUCGCAUGAUCGCUUUGUGGUGGCUGUGAAUCGGGACAUUCGAGACUCGCUUUACUUGGCACGCGAAUAUCAUACGAUGCGAAAUGAGUUCACAUGGUUAGAAUCCAGCUACAUUGAACUUCUCGCGAAUAUGGCGUGUCAUCCAGAAUGCGGCGUAUGUAUAGUGGCGGUGGAGCUGUUGGAACAAAGUAGUGGCGCGGUUCUUGCUGGAUGUCUGGGAUACUCCCUCGGUUGCGUCUAUCACGAUUUUACCAUGUUUACCAUGCGACGCUCGCCGGAGGGCUUCGGCACCUUCGUCACCAAACUGCUGGGUGAUGCGCUGCAGCAGUGCGGGUACAACAUCUGGUAUUGGGGGUUUUGCUUAGACUACAUGAGGCAGUUUGAGGAAAAAUACGGCGGAAGAGUUGUUUCAAAAUCGGAGUUUAUCACGCGUUGGGAAGAACAACGAAAUGUGCCGCCGGAUUGUACGCUGGAGGCUUUCUUUCGCUCAGGGAGAGGCAUGCUGCCGUACUUUGCCGCUGUGAAAUAG